GCUCCAGGAGUCGCUGAUAUUGCCUCCUCAAAGAGUGCUGAGAUACGAGGUCAUGCCACGGGUGUGACCCUGAGGGACCCAGCGUUCACAGUGGGGGUUUCCUCCUCCCUCCCACUGCCAUCCUCCAGGCAGGACCCGGUUCAGGACCAUGGCAUACGUCAUGCACAGUCCUGAUCAAAUCUCAGCCCUCUGGGUGCCUUGGACUCGGACCAGUCAGAUUAGUCACUCCUUCUCCCGUGGAGAGGUGCAGGUAGGUCACAGAAGGAAAAGCUGGAUGUGUCUCACCCAGUGUGGGGCUUCUCACCUCUGUGGAGAGGGGAAUAAAAGUUCCUUUUCUGCGUGGAAGCAGGAAGAAGUGCAAGAAGAUGACCUGUCUCCCCCUGUCCCACCCCCAUCAUGCCUCCCUUCUAGAGGAAGGGAAAGCCUACGCGUGGAAGCAGGUGGAGAGCCCGUGGACUGGGCUGGAGGCAGACGAUGCGCAGGCAGGGGAAAUGCCUCGGCCCAGCGGGAGAGUGGACCUGGGUGGCGCUUUCCGACUGUGGAUUAUACGACGUGUGUGAGUGGCUCCACACCCAAGGGCAGAGGGAAUGAGGAAACCUAUCUGAUGGAGAGAAGAGCAAUAUGCUGUCUGCACCAGGAAUGGAAUGAAGACUGAGUACGAGUACUCACUCAUUUUUCGUGGAUUUUCCCUGUACUUGGAAACCGAUAGUGCCAAAUUCUAAAGCCUCGGACCAUCUAUCUCCUGUCUUCUACUAUGUGGGCAGAACAUCAAGCAAACCCUUGAGUGGAUACGUGAAACUUUAUCAGGUAAAAAAUAGAAACCACCUAAUGGUAUUGGUUUGGACUUCCCUCCCCUGGCAGAGGGACCCUUCCCACAGGUCUUUUCCCCGCCCGUCUCCUGUCACCUGCCUUCCCACUGUGACCGUGCCUGACCCCCCUGCUCACAUGACCAUCCCCCAUCUCUUCUGUGAGCUCGAGUGCUUUUCCUGCUCUUCUCCGUGGGGUUGACCAUCCACAGGCUCUCCCUUGCCCACCCUCCUUCUGAGGAAGGAGCAGGGAGUUGGGUCAGGGGACCUUACCAGGUGCACCAGAGGCUCAGUGGCCUAGUUGGGCGGCCUGCUGACACACUGAAGCCUUGUCCUGCUGGUUUCGUGUAGACUUGCGGGUUCUCUUGGGAACCCACCCGCUAAUGGGUGGGGCUGUGCCCAUAGGGUACCCAGUCGGGCCCAGCAUUUAACUGGCAGCUGGAAAACCUCCUGGGUGCAUCAGACUGAAAGGAAGGAAGAGUAUUUCUUGUCCCUUUGAGACAAUUAUAAGACUUUGAGGUAAGUAAUUACAUUAUAAAAGUAGAGCCCUGAAUCGGGUGAGUUGAAGAAUUUUAAUUACUUAGGACCUGGGUGUCAGCAAGGGAAUAUGGCUGAACUCUCAAGCCUGGAGGGGCUGUGAGA